AAUCCGCACCAGAAUCUGAAACAUUUGGAUGAAAAAGAGAGCUCAAAACUACACAUCGAGUUGCAGAACUAUCGUGGUGGUAACGCAAAAGUUGUUAAACGUAAUGGAGGGCAUGCCCUUUAGAGAUGCAGAUCUGCGCUCCGUGAACGCGUCCUUGGAAAACUCAAGCCUGGAAAACACCACAGACGCGGUGAACAACAGCACAGUGAACCCGCUGCUGCGGAAUGAAGAGGUGGCCAAAGUCGAGGUGGCGGUGUUAGCCUUGGUGCUUCUGCUCGCCUUGGUUGGCAACCUGUGUGUGCUCCUGGCCGUCCACACAACUAAACAAAAGCAAUCUCGCAUGUACUUUUUCAUGAAGCAUCUCAGCAUCGCGGACCUGGUGGUGGCUGUAUUUCAAGUCCUACCGCAGCUCAUCUGGGACAUCACCUUUAGGUUUUAUGGACCCGAUGUUCUGUGCAGGGCGGUGAAGUACCUGCAAGUGGUCGGGAUGUUUGCAUCCACCUAUGUGCUUGUUUUAAUGUCGUUAGACAGGUGUUUGGCGAUAUGCCAGCCUUUGCGGUCUUUACACAGACAGACUGAUCGUUUUUAUGUGAUUUCUUCUUGGGUCCUCAGUCUCAUGUUGAGUAUUCCUCAAGUUUAUAUUUUUUCAUUGAAGGAGGUGGGCCCCGGGGUUUAUGACUGUUGGGGGGACUUUGUUCAGCCAUGGGGAGCCAAGGCGUAUGUGACGUGGAUCAGCCUUACAAUCUAUUUUAUACCAGUGGCCAUACUUAGCGUUUGCUAUAGCUUGAUCAGCUUCACAAUCUGGCAAAACCUUAAGCUAAAAACCAGGAAAGACAAAAAUGUAACCCUCGCGUCCAAGACCGUCCUUUCCCGAGUCAGCAGCGUGAAGCUCGUCUCCAAAGCCAAAAUCAGGACGGUUAAAAUGACGUUUGUUAUAGUUCUGGCUUAUGUUGUGUGCUGGGCCCCAUUUUUCUUUGUGCAGAUGUGGUCUGUGUGGGACCCUGAAGCUCCGAGAGAAGCGUCAGCAUUCAUCAUCGCAAUGCUGCUGGCGAGUCUGAACAGCUGUUGUAACCCCUGGAUAUACAUGCACUUCGCUGGGCACUUAUUCCACGACAUGGUCCAGAGAUUCCUGUGCUGCUCGAGCAACUACCUGAAAUCCUCCCAGCGCGGCUGUGAGCUCAACACCAGCCGCAAGAGCAUCUCCUCCAUGUACAUGAGAAGCGUCACGCAGACCUCAACAACGUAAUCACAAGGCUCUUACUAGACCAACCCCUUUUUAUCUGAACUGUUUUCAAAUGAUUACUGCACUACUUUUUAAAUAUUUGAAGGUGUGUGUGUGUAUAUAUUAAAAGCUGAAAUUAGUUUUCCCCAGAGUACUGGAAAUGUUCUUUAAUAAAUACAGAUUUUUGUUCAUUCAAACUAAUCAACUUUCAAACAGAGCUAUGUGAUAACAGGGCAUCACACAAGUGGAAAUAGAACACCAGAGAUAUGAACCUUGACCCCUUCUGAUCUUGUACGUGUUUGUAAAGUAUACUAUGAUGCCACCUGGCAACCUUAGAUUGAGACAAUCUGUGUGAUGUUUUUUGCUAUGGUGCUAGUUAAAAGACAAAAAUGAUUUUAAUAGGAACAACCAGGCAACCCAGAUUGCUUUGUGAUACUUAUCUGUCACACUAUCUUUACCAGUAACCUGUAAAUAUAAACAAGGCAAUUAUAUUUUUGUUAUUCUCCAAUAUAAAAUCCCAAGAAAGUAAAAUGAAUGGCAUCACCUUGAAUGAUUAGGAAUAUCAGGACUCUGCAAAGCACCCGAAAUGCAAAACAUUGCGCUGAUAUUAAAACUGGAAAUGAGGAUAUUUAUAAAGCAGGCCAUUUUUAGGGAGCAAAUAAGGAAAGGUACAUCUACAAAACAUUUCCCAGCUUUGUAUGCUUUUGAGAUGCAAGAACCUUAUACAUAUUUUUGUAGAUAAUGUAACAGUAUUACGAAGGAGAUCAAGUAACUGUCAUUUGUCAGUUUUACUUUUAAGAUAUCAGUGUUGCUGUUUGGGUAUGUCCUAUUUAUCAAACCUGAGAAUUUCUUUACAAACUGGAUUUGGGAGCGCACAGGAGACAUUGUUGUUUGCAUUUUGUUGAAUUCUGUGUAAAGCAAAUUGUUAUAUUGCGAUAUUUAUUAUGAAUAAAUUGUAUUUGUCCUUUUUACACUGUGAUAUGCUUUUGAUUAUUGUUUUGUUGCUAGAUUAGCAUUAUCCCAAGAUCAGGCGAGCGAUGCAGGAUCUAAUGAAGGCGUGUGUGCAGUGAAUGUGGAAGAAUCAAUUACAGUGUCUGGCCGUUAGUGGCACUACAUGGCCUGAAAAUGUACAGGAUCUCUUUACAGGACUUUUGCUGUCCUAUAAGCUUAUAAUAUUCAAGCUUUCUG